AUGCGCGUCUUAGAGCUAUUAGUACUCGCCUGGUGGGUGCAGUUGCUGAGGUCUCACCCUGCAACAUGGCUGCGUCUGUCUUGGUGGGGUGAUAUUGCUGUGGGUGUCUGCGCCUUUCUUCAUUUUGCCCUGCUUAAACAAGUUCUUUACUCCUCUCUUCUCGCUCUUCGCUGCGGAAUGCUCAUUGAUCAUCCUCUCUUAGAAAAGGUGUGGGAGAUUCAAAGGGCGGAGAAUGUGCGGCGUACAGCGGAGUUAAUCGACCGCCUGCGCAUUCAGUCGACUUUGUUUGCAAUCAGAGAAGGAGGAGACAUGUUCUGGAAGCAAAUGCAAAUCAAGGCUAUGUCUGUGUCUCGCGCUGUGAAAGACCAAAUGGUGGCGAUGUGGGCGUCCUUAGAUGAAGCACAUCUAGGACAAAUAGAUAGGCCUAGGAUAUUUAAGUUUUUAAAGUCUCAAGGUCUCUCUAUAGACAGCGAAGCAGAUGUGAAUGAUUUCCUCCAAGUGUUUGAUCGGAAUAACAAAGGGGCUUUAGAUGAAGAGGAGUUCUACGUGAUGGUUAUUGUAGUUAAACAACUCCUUAUAGAGCCUCUAGACAAAGAUGCUCUUCGAGCGCUCUUCGAAGACAAAUUCGGCAUUCCUUGGACAGCCCCAACUGGGAUCGAUGCUAACAGCCUCGCGAGAAUACUGACAGAGUUGAGGGUCCACUGGUCUGAAGGCAAACGCCGCUAUCUUUUAGAUUUCGUAGGAGGCCGCCGCUCUACUCCAGGUGUCUCUGCAGAUUUGUUUGUCUCUCAGCUGCAAGCAAUGGAAGAACAAACCCUGCAGCCAGUGCAGCACGUAGGUCUUACUUUUGUUCCUAACUAG